CGUGACGUCAUCAGUUCGCGCCACACUACUGCUUGGCGCUUGUUGUCCCCGGUGAUCGGCCGCGUCUCCUGUGAGGUGAGUGUGCGGCGAUAUACAUCGGUCGCUGGUGUGCGCAGGCGUGUGUCGCGAUAUAUAGAGCACUCCCUCUCCCUACAGAGAUUGUCCGGAGCUCCGGGCUCAACAAUGCCGUACGUAUCCGCUGCAGGCCGCCGGAAGGAAAGGAAGGAAGUGAAGAUGGCGCUGGUAUCGGCGGACACGCGGAUAUCAGAGUUAUUGAGUGAGCUGCACCAACUUAUCAAACAGACACAGGAGGAGAGGUCGAGAAGUGAGCACAACCUGGUGAACAUCCAGAAGACUCAUGAGAGGAUGCAGACAGAGAACAAGAUCUCUCCUUAUUACCGCACCAAACUGCGAGGACUCUACACCACCGCCAAGGCUGACGCUGAGGUCGAGUGCAAUAUCCUGCGCAGAUCUCUGGAUAAAAUUGCAGAAAUCAAAUCUCUUCUGGAGGAGAGACGGAUCGCUGCAAAGAUUGCCGGACUGUACCAUGACUCUGAGCCCCCCCGCAAGACCAUGAGACGAGGGGUGCUGAUGACACUGCUACAACAAUCUGCCAUGACCCUUCCCUUGUGGAUCGGAAAACCAGGAGAGAAGCCGCCUCCUUUAUGCGGCGCCAUCCCUGCUUCUAGCGAUUACGUAGCCAAGCCCGGUGAUAAGGUAGCGGCAAGGGUUAAGGCGGUGGACGGAGAUGAGCAGUGGAUUUUGGCUGAGGUGGUCAGUUACAGCCACGCAGCAAACAAGUAUGAAGUGGACGACAUCGACGAGGAGGGGAAAGAGCGUCACACGCUCAGUCGUCGGAGGAUCAUCCCUCUGCCACAGUGGAAAGCCAAUCCAGAGACAGACCCAGAGGCUUUGUUCCAGAAGGACCAGCUGGUACUAGCGCUGUACCCCCAAACGACAUGCUUCUAUCGGGCCCUGAUACACGCACCGCCACAACGGCCGCAGGAUGAUUAUUCUGUGCUGUUUGAAGACACGUCGUAUGCUGACGGAUACUCUCCCCCUCUAAACGUGGCUCAGAGAUAUGUGGUCGCCUGUAAAGAACCAAAGAAGAAGUAAAGUUGGACACUCUGUGCAUUAUGUGAAGCUGCCAGAAAUGUCGAUAAUAAAGUGUCUCUGUCACUAAAAUCGAUCUGCCAAAUCAAA